AACUGUGCUUAAGUGUGUUUACUCGUGGAGACUGUGCUGUCAUACGCGCCGUGUUGCCAUAGUUACAGUCAGACCUUUGUUUGGCAAAAUGUAAAACUUGGAAGGAAGCGUGAAGACACUAAAGCUUAAAUGUGACCUGAAUUAUUUAGUAGAAAAAUGGCCGACGUACUUAAAAAUAAGGACGAAGUUGGGCAUAUUUUAGUACAGGUGCAGGAUGAUUUAAGACAACUGAAAAAGAAUAUUGUUCGAUUGACUGUGCAAGAGAAUGGAGAGGUUUUGGACAUUCAAGCUUUGGAUGCAGCCAUCAGCAGGACCGAACAUGGAAUAAGGAGGCAUGCAGAAGAUCAUCUGAAAACCAUCAAUAAUCAGUUUUUGACCCUACCCUGUAUUGAAGAGCCUGAAAAGAAACCUGUCCCCGCCAAGCUUGUUAAAUGGCAGCCAUCAUAUGAGACAAUACCAAAUGCACGUCCUCUGAGAUGCCAGAUUCCUGGUCCAUCACCAGGGGAAAAGCACAAAUCAGCAUUUAUCAUGCGUCUGCUAAAUAACCCUUUUCACCCAAAGAACAAGGAGGUUGUGCAACAAAAUUAUGGGAUUCAGCUUCCUCACCUGCACAAGAGAGCUGGGGCCAGUGUUGGGACUCAAAGAUUGGUCGCUGGCUCCUCUUCGAGUUUCAAUGCAGUACGUGAAGGUCUGCAUAAACACCUACAGCCCAAACCACCACCCGAAUGUAGAGACAUGAAUGCAGGGCUGCUACCCUCAGCAGCUGACCUCUCUUCAGUGCAAACCCCAGUACAGCCCAAAGCUGUCCAUGUGCUCCAGAGAGAGGACAGUGACCAAAGUAAGACAGAGGAGUCAGAAAUGGCUUCAAAACUGGAGAUGGAUGUGAGCAGAGACAAAAUGGCUCUUGGAAGAUCAGGAACCGAGAGUCCAGCAUCCAGGACCAUAUACGCUCCUCCUCCUUCAGCUGCUUCUGCAAGCUCUGACAAUGGAGUACUGAAUCGUGGGAUAGCUCGACUCACCCCACUUAACCUGCAGAGCAUUCCAGUGCCAGCUGCCAUCAGCAAAUAUCCUUUCACCAUAGCUGAGGGUCAGAUUGACCCAGAUGAUCCUGACUACUGUAGGUUUAAAAAGCAAUACUGCCUCUACUGGGGUGCAAUGGUAGAGGCUUUGGACCAGCUGCAGCGGAUGCUAUUGGACUUUGCGGUGCCACUGGCUCGGGUGUGUGGGGAGCGUCUGGCAGUGUGCGUGCAGAGCGGUGAGCUUGACUGGAGAGACAGCAGGGGCCGGCGUGCCCAUGUGGAGAAGCUGCUCUCGGUGCUGGAGAACAGAGAUGAGGUAUGGGACCUGAUGUGUCAGCCUGGCCAGCGCUACAAAGGCAUUGAGGGGCAUCAGGCAGCGGCUGUGUGCAUCCAGACCUGCUGGAGGCGCUACUCUGCCCGUACCGCCUACCUGCUCCAACUCAGGCCCAAAUGGGCGGCACAAGUUAUUGCCAUAUCUCUGCUGAAACGUGCCAAACUGGGCUAUUUGAAAAAAAGUCUACAGGCCUCACGUGUCUGCCAACUGGAAAACUACCGCAUCAGGGCAGAGAAUCUGGCAGCCAACUGGAAACACAUCACCUCCACCAAAAGGACUAUCAUCCACAUCCCAUCAUUGGGAUAUUCCCAACACCAGAGGCUCAGUCUCAGGGGAUUUGAUGUCCUCCAGAAUACCCAGAUGGGCCGACUGUGUGAUAUUAGAGAUGAGAAUGUCGAGGUCAUCUAUGUGUCUCCGGUGCGCCUGGGUGAGGAUGUUCUCCAGUACUACACUCGCCUGCUGGGCCUGCAGACAGCCAUUGAGCUGGGUGACGCUUCUGCACCUGAGUCCCACUGUUCCAAACGCUUCACUGUCCUCAUGCCAGAAGCUCUGGAGUAUUUUCCAACCCGGAAUAUGUGUCUAGCUUCGCUCCUGAAGUACAGUCCUCGAACACUACAGCGCAUCAAGAAUUUGAUCCAGGGGAAGCAGGCCUACAUGAUCAGCGGUGUAACCCAUAUUGAUGACCUGGCUGUGGCAGAUGAGCUCGAAGUUCCACUUUUGGGAACAGAGCCUGAAGUGACCCAGCUAUACAGCACUAAAUCUGGGGGAAGAAGGAUCUUCAGUAGCGCAGGGGUCGACAUGCCACCAGGAAAGUGGGAUAUAUACACCCUGGAGCAGCUUCAUGAAGGUCUGGCCUGGCUGAUGACAGAACACAUGGAAGUCCAGCGAUGGCUCUUCAAGAUAGAUAGUGAAGUGGGUGGACAGGGAACGGCCUAUUGUGACACAUGCCACCUAAAGUGCCACCCAUGGGCACAGCAGGAGUUUAGCCACUAUGGGCCUGAACAGUGGAGAACAUCACAGUCUCAAAUAAAGGAGUCGGUGAUGAUCAAGUUCUUAGAGGAGAUUCCUCAUCUUUUGGCUUCGUAUGCACAUCCGGCCAACACAUCCUGCUAUGCCACAUGGACCUGUUUCCUAGAACACUUCCUCAAGGAAGGUGGAGUGAUAGAAGCCUUCCCGCCUUCAGAUAGUGUGACAUGUCUUACGGUGGAUCUUCUGCUGGAGCCAGGGGGAGAUGUUUGCAUGCUGUCCUGUGGAGAUCAACUGCGUGGGCCCAGUGGGUUGGAAGUGGUGGGCUGCACCAUACCUCAGACCUCCAUCUGCCCUGAGGUCUUACACUCCAUUUGCACUCGUGUGGGUCAGGCCUGUCAGCAGCGCUCCAUCAUGGGCCACAUAUCCCUAGAUCUAGUAACCUUCUUGGAUCCCAGCAACCUGGAACAGCAGGUAUGGGCUAUUGAUCUCGACCUGGGCUACAGUAACCAGUUGGCCAUGACACAGCUGAUGCUGAUGAUGACAAGGGGGACGCUGGACUGCCGCACCAGUAAAUUGGAGGUUCCUCCUCCAGUCAGAGACAAGAAGUCUUCUGUACGCAAUGCUAGAGUAAAGACCAAAGCUGAAACCUCAGUGACUAGUCGCUUUGCAGUGAUGUGCACCCGACUUCUUCACACCAAUCUUUCUUUGGUGUAUUAUAGCACAUUUUUUCUGAUGUGCAAAGCGCAGGGCAUAGGUUAUGAUGUCAAGGCAAGGCAAGGCACUGUAUUCGCCCUCCAUGAUAGCAGAGAUCGAAGAAGCCUUGGCAUGCUAAUAGCACACUCUUUAAGGCUGAGAGUUCUCAUUAAGCUCCUUACAGCCCCACAGCCAAACAAGAACAAUAUCAGAGGAUCUCCAGGGAGCUCUGCUGACCUUUACUCACAACCUGUCAAUCAUUCAUCAGGAAAUAUCAGCUCCAAAUAUGCAAGGAACAAGCAAUUUUAAGGACCUUAUCAAGGACAUUGAGGAAGUCCUGGGCAUGACCAUACAAAACCAAACCACAUCUCAAGAAGAAAAGGAGAUUACUGCAGCCGAAAACGAACAGUUAUAAUCUCAUAAACCUCACAGAACAACCCUAAAUUAAUCAACAUGCUUAUAGAGUAUCAUACAAUAGCAUUUACAUAUUCAGUUAUAAUUGCUGUUACCAAACAAUUCUAUAGAACUUAGUUAUAGCUGUAAAGUGGCUAACAUACAGUAACAUUAAAAGGAGAUACACACAUGUAUAAAUUAGCUUGAGUGGAUUUCUCCAUGACAUUUUUAGAUCACAUUGUUAUAGUGAUCUAAACUAUUGUACAUUUAUAUCUAGAAAGAUUUACAAUGUGAACAGGAUAAUUAAAUUUAAGUUUCGUGUGCCAUUAAUGACGUUUAGCUCUUAAUAGCUAGAGAUACAAGAGAGGGAUGUUGGUUAAUCAGUAAACUAUAUAAUGCAUACAUAUAAUAUAAUCACUUAACAAUAAUACAUUUUGAUUGUUUUUAACAGUAGCAACAUCCAGAUAAUAUGGUCGGAUCUGUUGUAAGUUAUUUCCAGAAAACCUUCAAUAAAUUGUAAACAUUU